UUUUUUUUUUUCUUUAAAUCUAGUUACAAUGUUGGAUAUUGACGAAAUACCUGCUGAACACUUACAAACACAAACUAUCCCUAGUUUCUUCUCUGGUUUAGUAGGAGGUCUGGCAGGAUUGAUCGUGGGGCAUCCUUUUGUGAAAGUACGCUUACAAUCCCGUGAACUGGCUUCAAAAUAUAAAGGAACGUGGCAUUGUUUCAUUACAAUUAUACGACAAGAAAAGGCUGGUGUUGCUGGUGUCAAUGCACUCGUAUUCGGAUCACACAGUUAUUUUAUGACAUUACAAGCUAAACAACGAAUACAAAUGGAUCAAUUAGAUACAUCACCUCCUUCUACUCCUCCUUUGAGGGAUACUUUUUUUGCUGGAUUAGGAGCUGGUCUUAUUACAAGUCUUGUCACAUGCCCUAUGGAAUUAGCCAAGGUUCAACUUCAAAAUCAAACAACUAAUACCAUCAAAGGGCCAAUAGAUUGUUUGAUCAAACUUUAUACCACUGGGGGGAUUCGUAUGUGUUUCACAGGUUUGACGUCAACAGCUCUAAGAGAACUUAGCUUUGGUCCUUAUUUUUUGGUAUAUGCUUCUAUUCAUCAAGUCUUAUCAUCUGGCUCUCAAGAACAAGAUGAUCAAAAUCCAAUGAAGGUGAUUAUGGCUGGUGGAGUAGCAGGUAUUGGUGCGUGGUGCUCUACAUAUGCAGCAGAUGUGGUAAAAACAAGAAUUCAAUCUGAACCUCAUCGAUAUAAAAGUACUUUGGAUUGUUUCAAACAAUGUUAUAAAGAAGAAGGAUGGCGUGUAUUCUUUAGAGGUUUAUCUCCCACAAUUGUCCGAGCAUUCCCAUCGAAUGCUGCAACAUUUAUGGCUUAUACCUGGGCAAUGGCUGGUUUUGCUAGUGCAACUCAAGAACAACAUACAUUACGUGAAACCGUAGCCAUUUGAUUAGAUUGAUUUUUUUUUUUUGACAAUAGUAGUAUAUAUCAUUUAUUUAAUUAAUCCGUUGGAUUUUUCUUUUGUAUAAAUAUAAUAAAAAAACCUAUUUGAAAUCUACAA